AUCUGUGAUCAUACGUCUUAUAUGCCUACGCCCCGUGAAUUACAACCAUAGCCGUGGCCCUCACCCUGGUUUGUGAUUGCCUCUAUCCGCGCCCUAUCAUUGCUAGAGGCCUAUCCGAAGUUCGCUGUCUCUUGCCGGAUCAUCGCUUUCGGUGUCUCUUACGCGGUCUGACACGCGAGCAGAUGACUGGUAAGGCAUCCCUUUUACGUAGCGUAUCCGACGUCCUCGUAGCGAGCCAUGGUAUGUACAAUGAUUGAUAUGGACAAUUCUUCCGCUCCCCGCGUAUGUGUUAUGCAUGUCUCAUUACUGGCGAUCGUGAGAGGAUCAUCGAACAGAGGUCGCACGCACCACAUCAAUUUGGAGUUCCUGUGUUGAUUCAACGCAACGCCAAUACCUCAUCAUGUAGCUGUCGGUACCAUCUGCCGGUGGUACCAAUGGCUGCAUUGCGAGAUACAGCCAAUCGCGAAGAUCACAAGAAGCAUUCGUGGCUUAGAGAAGAGGACCUGUGCGUGCUUUGCCUUUCUUUGCUUGCUGGGAGAUCUUCUUUGCAGCACAUCGGCGAGCUUUAUACAAUAUCGCGCGCCGCAGACUGUGAACCUUUGAUCGAUCGACGCCUCCCCGACCGAGUAAGCUCCAGGCUGAUUAUGCGGCGUAGAAUUACCGCAAAAGAAGGACCUUUGGUCCAGCACAUAUGUUCGCGAUUGCGAUGUUCCAUCAAAUGUGAUAUUGCCUGGAGAUGAUCCGGCAGGGGCUACGGCUCCAGCAUUGUAAG